AUGAGAAUUCAAUUAACUUUAUUGUUGGUGUCACUCGUUUUGACAGCCGUUCAUUCAUAUACCGACAAUGAUCCUGUAUUCUGUCAGCAGGCUCAUUAUCGUGAGGAUUGUCCAACCAAUCCAGGACCAUUCGAUCCAGUAAACGAAGACGAUAUUAUCGAUGUUUAUUACAUGCAAGCACCAAUCUUUGAGAGUGUUUAUGGAGAUAUUUUCGGAAAGUUAGGAGGUUAUCACUCUGCUUUGGGAUUCUUCAAUUUGAAUACCAAGAUCAACUACACUGCAGAGUAUGAUGCUUUCUUUGAGGUUGCCAACGGAACAUUCCCAAAUGUCGUUGACAAUAACAACGGUACCAAGGAUUUGGUAUGGUGUAACGCAGGUAUCACCUGUGCAUUCCCAGCCAUCAACACCACCUAUUGGGAUCCAAAGUUCUUCUCUACCGCUUCGAUGACCUUUAUGACUUCAAUCAAUGGUUCUGUAUUCAACAAAUUCAGUCCAUGGAUGUUGAGUUAUAAUAAUACCAACCCAACUCAAGGUGCUUAUUUCGAUUGUGACACCCAAAUUUUGAAGAGAGAUUAUGUAAAUAUCUACUCAGAGAAGCCAGUUCCAGUCGACUAUGAAACUGAAAAGGAAGACAUUGUUAAAUAUUACUCUGCAUUCUCUAUCCAUAAGGGUGAAUCAAUCUUGGAUAUCAUUAAGAAUAUCUUCUCUGUCAUUGGUUUGAAGAAAUACAUCUACAUUGAGCAAAACUACUACAGAUUAGAAUUGAACUUCCCAUUCGUUGAUCUUAGAUACGAUUAUGAUGCCUUGCCAGGUUGCCCAAUCCCAAAGAGACCAUUGACCGAUGACGUCAAGGUCAUUCAAAUGGGAAUCACACUUUAA